UUAAUGACCUCCAAGAUUUAGCUUACGACAUGGAGGAUAUCUUGGAUCAUUUCGCAAUCGAAGCCCAACGUUACCAGUUGAAAAAGGCGGAGGAAGAUCAAGUUCAUGCACUAGAUGAUCACUCUCACCAUGGGAUUCUAGACAAUAUGGUGCAAACCAUUUAUUCAAGUGGCUCAAGAGCCGCGGGUAGUCUCUCCACCUUGUUCAACCCUGUUGAUCAAGACAUUCGGAAGAAGAUUGAUGAAAUUACAGAGCGCUUGCAAGAUAUAAAGGACCAGACCCAGAGUUUGAGCCUCACUGCAGCACACAUGUUGCAGCAGCAGACCCUCCAAACAGAAACUAUUCGACGCCAGAGAGAAUCCACUUCUUUGGUUGGCAAGGUUUUUGGAAGGGAUGACAAGAAAAAAGAGAUAAUUGCAAUGCUACUGAAAGAUGAUCAGAGUGCUGAGAAUUAUGAUGUGUUUUCAAUAGUUGGAACGGGUGGCAUUGGGAAGACGACCCUUGCUCAAGAUGUAUACAACGAUGAGCAACUGAAUGGUUACUUUGAUCUCAAGGCAUGGGUGUGCAUCUCAGAUGUGUUUGAUGUCAAACGUGUCACCGUAGAUAUUAUUAACUCGGCAACCCAGAGCAAUUUCGACUGUAGCAACUUGGAUCAGGCACAAGUGAAGUUGCAGGCAGUGCUAAAUGGCAAAAAAUUCUUUAUUGUUCUUGAUGAUAUUUGGAGCGACAAAUAUGAUGAUUGGUACAAACUGCAGGAGCCUUUCCAACACGGUGCAGAAGGAAGUAGAGUGAUAAUGACAACCAGAAUUGAAAGUAUUGCAAUGAUGAUGGUUAACAAUCCUACUCAACACAAUAUCAUCAAGUUAGAAAGUUUGUCAAAAGAUGAUUGUUGGCUUAUAUUUCAGCAGCAUGCAAAAGUAGAUUCUGACCUCACCGACUUGCGGGAUGUUAUCAUAGAAAAGAUUGAUGGAUUGCCUUUGGCCGCAAAAGCUCUAGGAGGUGUCCUUAAAAGUAGUCCAGACAAGAGCCAACGUAGAAAGAUAUUAGAGAGCAACGUUUGGGGUGAGAAGAGCAGUGUUUUACCGGUUCUCAGGUUGAGUUACCAUCAUAUGCCAUAUCAUUUGAAGCGUGUCUUUGCUUAUUGUUCUGUGUUUCCAAAAGAUUACAAGUUCAAAGAGAUGGAAGUUGUCUUACUAUGGAUGGCUCAGGGCUUCCUGCCAGAAACCCAAACUGAAAGUAUGGAAGAUAUGGGUCGCAAAUACCUUAAUGACUUGGUAUCAAGGUCAUUAUUUGAAAAAAGACUGUAUUGGGAAGGUGAGUUCAUCAUGCAUGACCUCAUCCAUGAUAUGGCUCAAUUGGCUGCGGGUGUAGUUUGUUAUGUGGCUGAUGCUGAUACACUGAGAUAUGUUAAGCCAAUUCGCCAUUUAUAUAUCACUAAAAAUGUUCAAACACUGGGAAAUGAUGAAAUCAUGGUUCCUCAAUUGCGAACUUUCUUAUGCAAAGAAAGUUUGCAAUUUGAAUAUUUAGAUCUCUUUAAAAAAUUUCAUUACAUACGCACUCUGAUUUUAUUUUCGUAUGGAAUUGAAGCUUUGCCAGAAUCUAUUGGUGAUUUAAAACACUUGUGCUACCUCGGUCUCGAACUCAAAAUAAUAAAAGUAUUGCCACAAUCAAUUAGGGAUCUCCAAACAUUGUGCUUGAAAGGCUGUGACAAACUUGAGAAGAUUCCGUACAUUGGAUUGCUUUUGCUAGACUUCGUCACCUAUACAUUGAUGACACAUCUUUAAAGGAGAUGCCUCUUGGAAUUGGGAAAUUAACAAACUUGCAAAGUUUGAAAAGAUUUAUGUUGGCAAGUGGAGGUGGGAUCAGAGUAAGGGAUUUAAGGAUGUUGAAUCAACUCCGUGGAAGAUUAAUUGUUUCUGGACUAGAAAAUGUGACACAUGUUGAGGAUGCACAGGAAGCCAAAUUGCAUAAAAAAGAGCGUUUUGAUGGAUUGUAUAUGAAAUGGGGAACUUGUAGAGAUGAGGUUGAUGACAAGACUAAGAGAGAUGUGAUUGAGAAGUUGCGGCCUUACACUUCCAUCAAAGAGUGUAUGUUAGAUGGGUACAUGGGGUCGACAUUCCCCAGUUGGUUGGGAGAUCCC